GCUAAUAACUACACAGACAAGGGAUCAUUACAAACACACCAGCUGCUCUCCUUAUGUGCCGGUUGUUUUUCUACACACUUUUCUCCCUAAAGUCAUGCCUUGCUGCGUUUUAAUAAUGGAUAUCUGAAUGAGUUCAAAUUGUUGCUUAAAUAUGAAAUUGUUGGCAACUUUUUUCUUCACUGGGUUGAAGAAUGAGAAGUCGCUUUGGGAGGGAAAUAACGGUACAGGACGUUAGCCGAAUGUUAGCUAACCAGCAACAGUUGGUCGGUUGGUUGGUCAACUAGCUAACUGACAAAAUCGGUUAUGGAGCGCGCGACUUUUUCAAAAUACUCCUGGGUCGAUUUUGCCUUCUCUGUGAUCGGAGUGUGUACCUUCUUGGUGGACUGGGGCUCGGACGUGUGGGUGGCCACCGAGUUUUACUGCCGCGGGGACCUUUUCUGGUUCGGGAUACUGGUCGGCCUCAUGGUCCUGUCGUCUGUCGUGGUCCAGAUGUUCAGCUGGUUCUGGUUCAAGUAUGACCGAAAGCUGCCGGGGUUCAGCAGCGCGCAGACCGAAGGAAGAACCGUGCUCUUCGGGGACCAAGUGAAGCUCUCCUGCCUGUUACAUGUGCUGCAGCUAGGUUUCCUUUGCAGGCACAUCUCCGCCAUACGACAAGGCUUCAGGGUUUGGUGGCGGAAACAGGAAGGGUCAGAGUACGCUGUUUACCUGACACAUGACCUCAGCAUGCUCAGGCUCAUCGAGACGUUCUGUGAGAGUGCUCCUCAGCUCACCCUGAUGAUCUACGUUAUGCUGCACACAAACAAGGCCAGGACUGUUCAGUUUGUGAGCAUUGCUGCAUCAACCACUUCCAUAGCCUGGAUGGUGGUGGAUUACCACCGCUCCCUGCGCUCCUUCCUCCCAGACAAGGCCAAGCAGGGCUGGUGUUCCUCUUUAAUCUACUUCCUGUGGAACCUGCUGCUAAUUGCCCCGCGUGUUGCGGCCCUCGCCCUCUUCGCCUCAGUCCUGUCCGGGUACAUCGCUGCCCACUUUCUGAUGCUGUGGUUCGUCUUCGUGUUGUGGGCCUGGCGACAGGGGACAUACUUCAUGGAAAGCGUUGGUGGGGAGUGGCUCUAUCGGGCCACCGUAGGGCUCAUUUGGUACUUCAGCUGGUUUAAUGUAGCAGAGGGUCGAACCAGAGCCAGGAGCAUCAUCUACCAUUCCUUCAUCACUACUGAUGGAGGAAUCCUGCUGGCGACUUGGUGGUGUUACAGGGACCCUGUCCAGACUGAGUCAUACGCCCUAGCUCUGCUCAUCGUUCUACCUUUCAUCUACCUCCUGGGACUGCUCUUAAAAACCCUCUACUACUGCUGCUUCCACCCCAAGCUGUGGAGGCCCCCGGUGAGGGAACCAGGACUGCCUGAUGAUCUGCCAGAUGCAGAAGUGUCCUUUCGAGACUUUUCCAUCCAGGACGGCACAGUGUCCUCCCAGCUCCUCAACAAACGUAUGGCCUGCCAUGCUGCUCAUUUUUACUCAGAGCAAGGAGUCAUUAGAAACCCUGAUAGUACAAAGACAGUGGAGCAUUCACCUCUGUGAUGUCUAACCUUUUGUCUGUCACGGCCAACUGUGCCUCCUAUAUGUGCUGCAAUUUCACAAGGUGCUCAGAAUAAUUUGAACCAAAAUAAAGGCUCAAAAACAGUACUUGAAACUAGGAGUGAGCAACGGAGUGCUGCAGGGAUGACUUAUUUUUAUAGGCCAACAAGUUAGCAUUGCCCUGGUUUGUUCGACAAGAUGCCAAUGGGAUCUUCCCUUUGAUUUUGGAUUAUUGCAGAAUAUAAUCUGUUACUUAUCUUUUUUUUUCCAGCAAGAUAAUUUUCAUAAAUGAACCACAUUUAAGCGUAAAUGCAAUUGGCAGAAGUAAAAAGCUAACGUUAGGCUACGAACUACACCACGACUUUAACGUCCCCACUACUGAGUAGAUGAGAUUCCGUGUUCGGCGUGAUGACGUUUACUGUCCCCGCCAUUCUCUGUAGUCUUACUUAGUCGCCUUUUUUAAGACUCGUAAAAGCAUAAAAAUGUACUUAAUGGAGAAUGAAGUGUUGCUGACAAAACAUGAAAACUUAUUACAUUUGUGUUAACCACAGACCUUAUUUCAGACAUUUGACCUGAAACCCAUUGACUUUGAAAUGAAGGAACCAAAAGGGAAAAAAAUGCUGACUCAUUUGUGGAUUUUAGGACUUAUUCCUGCAGCUCUCUUUUCUUUUCAUAUCAGUACAUGCAUCAUACAUCAGCACAUAUAUUCAAUAUAAUAAAUUCCUGGGAGAAACUGUUAAAAUAAGUUUCUUUAAUCCAGAUACUUCAUCACAUUGAUGCAAAUACCAUAUAAAAAUCAAGUGUUGCCAUAAACAAGUCCUUCAUGUUGAUUUGCAACCUUGCCACAAUAGCAUAACCCCACCAUAUUUAUUGCCACAGUAUAAACUUUAUAAUAAAUCUCUGACUGUAUACAUUAUUAUAUUUCUGAAAUCUACAUGAAACGGGUUCAUUUGAUAAGAUAAUUCUCAACCAACAAAGUGAAGUGUUUGUUCUAUUUGAUACAAAACAAAUUGUAUUUUGUUCUCGUUACACAUUAAGUACAUGUGUACAUGUUAUUGUGGCAACUUUGUUGCUGUUGUGUGAACACCUUUGUAUUUCCAAAAAUACAAACUUGCAGGGAAAAAGAAAUCUGGUCUGAAAAUCUUUGCUAUUUAUGAAGUUGAUCUCUAAAUUUAAAUGGCCAAGAUUGGAUUUGUGAGGUUUUUACAUUGUGUGCUGUGUUUUGUUGUUACAGCUGCUAAUACUGUAUGAAUGUUGAAUGUAGAUUUUAAACAUAAGCUCUCCUUUUCUCAUUUCUAUGUUCUGAUACAAAACACAGCUGUUUUAGAUCCCUUGCCAGAGUACCUGUUUUUAUGUUAAGAUCAUAUUGAUGGUGUAAAAUAAGUUAAGUGUUGAGUCUUGUUAGUACAUAUUUAACAACAGAUGACGUCAUUCUAGUUACUAUUGCUCAUCCAGUGCUUGUUUAGCUGAUUUAAAUGUCACAUGUGCCUAACGUCUGUUUACUUCAGUAUCGCUGUAAAACUGCUACACAUGGACGUUUGUUUCUAUUCUAUUGAAAUCUUCUCCGGUGUCCUAGAAGUUAGUUCAAGUUGUCGUUUUGUUUUACGUGUUUAAACUUCCACACUCAAACCUUUUCAGUUUGUUUCUCUGAAUGUUCAUACAACAUUACUUUGCAAUCCUUCCACACUCAAGGUCACUACUGGUUGUUAAUGUUUUACCUCAGUUGCCAUGUGCAAUUAUUAAAGUGGUAACAAAGUUG